AGAGGCUUCAUAUAAUAUCGGAUGAAAUGAAGAAAUUUUCUCUGAGAUUUAUUAUUUGUUUCCCCCUUCUUUUCAUUCCUGUGAUAUGUCAGGACGAUGAAACCGUCAUUCAUUGUUCUUCUAAACCAGGCUGUUUGAUUACUCAGUGCGAUCCGACUCCUAAAGGUUUGAAUGGAGUUGACAUCGAAGGAUAUAUGAACAGAAAUGAAUUUCCUAUAACUUGUAAAUCGAAGCUUGGACAGAGUAAAGGCUUAGAGGCAGAAAUGGCCAAAUUUAAACGAGAAAUGCGGAAAGAGUUGACCAAUUUGAAACAAAAGCAGGAAAGAUCACUGAAAGAGAUGACGGAGAAAUUGAACGCAGCUGAGACGUUAAUAACGGAUUUAUUAUCAAGAAGUCAAAUUCCAGGCCUCGCUACUCCUGCAUGCGAUCCACCGGGUGGGGUUGAGUUCGGUUCUGUAACUUGCUCCGACAAGACAUAUAAAUCGGGAACAGUAUGCACAGUCCAGUGUUUGCCGAAUCGAGAAAUGAAGGGAGCUACGAAAAUUAUUUGCUUAGAUGGUGGAAAAUGGUCGAAUCUGUUACCAACAUGCGAGUGCGGAAAUUGCAAAAUUGGCGAUGAUUGCGGAAUAAAUACUUCGUGGAAAGACUUUAGAAGCCACAUUCGCGGUGAUGGGACGUUUAACUACGCUGGCCAUCAAAUGAAUUGCAAAACUAGCGGUUACAUUCAUUCAUGGAGCCUCAAAUGGAAAUGUGAAUGCACUGAUACCGGUACAGGAACAAGACAUAGCUGCAAAGGAUACUCAAGCGGGGAAGGAUCUUGCGAACACGCAACUGCCAAACUCAUUAAGGAAAUGAUUGCGAAAAAAGUAUAUCCGUCGACCUGUGAUGAAAUGGCUAACGGUUGCUGAGACAUAAUUUAAUCACGCCAAUGUGAAAAAGGCUGGUUCUUUGCACAGUAGGGUACACGCUUUACAAUAAAAUACCACAAUGUGAAUUAUACUUGAAUAAUUAGGAUUUCAUUUUGAUUUUACCAGAGGAAAAAAUGGCAACUAAAUCACGGACAGUGCCCAGUGUCUCGAAAAUGUCGUGUCCCACUUGCCCCACGUGUCGUAAUAUGAUUACGAAGUUACGAAGAAAUCGGAUACAGGUAACUUCCGAAUAAAUCCUUCAGGCUAUUACAAAGCGCAGCUUAAUACUGGAAUAGGUUGA